CAGGGGUUUUGGCAUUUGAAAGGUGAACAGCCUCCUGUACUGAAGGUAUGAGUUGGUCAAAAUGCUCAGAGCUGAUCUUCUGCUCCCACAUCUCCCCUGCCUUUACUUCCAACCCAGCCUUUUAAAACGAGAGGACCACAUGGCUGGAAUACAUUUCCAUCCCAGGUAAGUGCAUUUGUCAAUGGAUAUUAAAACCAGCCACCACAGGAACUGCUCAAACUUGCUGAGGCACAUGUGGUGUCCCUACAGUCCCUUUCUGGGAUCUGUUUGGGAUUUCAACCACAAAGUGGUGCUGUUGCAAAAGCUAACCAUUAUAAAACAUGCUCCCUGCUUUUAGAAUGACCCAAGGCAUGCAUUAAACUCAAUAAAAUUUUAAUGCAUUUGCAUACUCACAACCACAUCUUCCCUAUAAAUAUUCAGUUUUUAUCAUCAAACGAAAUCACAGCGGUAUCUGUUAAUAUGUAGAGAAAAAUACAUGUCUUCAAAGUAUAUAAAAUAUCACAUGUUUUGAAGUCUGGUCAAGUGCCUAAUUAAUUAGAUCAAUGUCUUGUAAUUAUCCCAAUUAAAAUCCCCAGAAUUCAAAGAUGACUUUCUCCAGCCUGCUUUGAGCAAUGUUUCAGCUUCUUCAUGAUAGAACAAGGACUUUUUCAAAGUAAUAUUUUACGAAAUCCACCUAUGCUAAGGGUUAGCAUCAGGGAAAAAACCACCCCACCCCCAGAACAACAGCUGAAGUUGUAGAAAUACCUAGAAAGAAGCAGCUUCAGAACAACAGAAACAUCUGCAGGGGAAAGGUUGGAAAAUGGCAAGGACCAAACACGUCUCCAUUUUCCCGGGCUGUGAAAACAGGCUGCCCACAAUGCUUUUUGCAGUGCGCACAUAUUUGGCGAGAUUAAGGUGUCACAUCUCAAAUUACAAGGCGUCUGAUUGCCCACAGACCCAGACACAGGGUGAAGCCCCUCCACUCGUGCAACUUCUGGGAGGUUUGCCUCCCAUCUGAGAUAGGCAGCCCCUCUGCCCAGGACUUUUACUUCUAGACUUCUAUUGCUGCCUUUCUGGUUUUUUCUUCUUCUUUUUUUUUUUUUUUUCUUCUGCUGCAAAUGUGAAGUUCCCGGGCUAGGGCUGCCUUCUCAGGCUUAACCCUUUGCCUACCUCCAGAGAAAGGUUCGUUCACCAGCCACAGGAAAGUUUUCUAUUCCUAGCACUGUUUGUCUGCUUCAGGAGAUUAAAAGCUGAGUCACAUUUUAGGCAUUUCUCAGAUCUGACUACAGUGCCUGGGCUGGGUGGGGGAUGCACAGGAUUUAAUUCGAGUUUCCUCAUCGUAGCUGAAAAAGCUCUAAAUCAGAUGGAAACAGCAUUCAGGAACAGGGUGAGACAAAAACCAUUGGAAUAAGAGUUAUUCAGGUUUGAGGAGAUUUAUUUGGGGUUUUUGGUUUUGUUUUUGUUGUUUUUGUUUUGGAGUUUUUUUGAUUGUUAGAGCAGCAAGUUUUAGUACUGAAUUCGUAGGAGGCAGUGGUGGAAGAUGAAUUUGUUCUCCAUCUGGGCAACAAGCAACUCAGGCAGAACUUAUGAGACAGAUACAAAUUGUGGAAUCCCCUCAACAAGACCAUUUAAAUUGCAGAAUCCCCUAAGUGGGACUAUUUUAUGCUUGGAAAAAUUCAGAGAAAGGACAACAGCGACAAACAGCACCAUCUGUAUUUCAAUCUAUGGUAGUAAAUAUUUCAGUAAAACUGACAACUGUCCAGGUAGAUUAAAAUGUCUUAAAGGAGGUGGUGCAAAGCUCUGACAGCAAGAGAGCAAUAAUUAUCUUUACACAGGGAGGGGAAAAAGAAAAGAAAUCCAUGGUUAAACAGGAAAAGAAAAACCUUAUUGAGCUAGAUUCUUUAAAGAAACAAUCUGAUGACCCUUAUGAUUUCAAGUGUCACCUCGUAUCUUACAUGACCACGUUCUUAUGGUUAUGACUUGCUCAAUUAUGCUCCAAUCAAACAGAAAAGAAAGAUGACUUAAGCAUGUAAAUUUAGAGGGAGACUUAGAGGCAUGCAGCUAAAUUUAUCAGCCAUCUCUGUGAGCGAUCUCUCUAAAUAAAAAGUUUGGGAGCCAGUCACUGCUGGUUGCUGAUGAACUUCCCAUGUUUUUGGCACUUGCCAUCCUUAAUGGACAAAUCUGCGAGUCAAAACAGGAGGAAAUGUACACAAAUCCGUCCUAAGAUUAUGUUCACGGGACUCAGAGUUUAAGGCUCCUCUCCCAUAGAGCAACUCUGCACAACCCAAGCAGACCAACUUUGGGACUUUGAAUGAACGUAUUUACAUCCACCUUUCUCUUCAUGUCGACUUUUCUGGAAACAUUCACACGGAUGCCAUGGUUACUCCUACCACGAUCUUACAGGUGAACAAGGUGAUGUCCAUCUUGUUUUAUGUGAUAUUUCUCGCUUACCUUCGUGGCAUCCAGUCUUCCAACAUGGAUCAAAGGAGUUUGCCAGAAGAUUCGAUAAAUUCUCUUAUUAUUAAACUCAUUCAGGCAGACAUUUUAAAAAACAAGCUUUCUAAGCAGAUGGUAGACAUUAAGGAAAACUAUCAGAACACAGUGCAGAAAACAGACACUCAGCAAGACAUGGACGGGGAGGAAAAUGUGAAAUCAGACUUCCAGCCAGUUAUCUCAGUGGAUACAGAUCUCUUGAGGCAGCAGAGGCGCUACAACUCGCCCCGAGUCCUCCUGAGCGACAACACGCCGCUGGAGCCGCCACCGCUGUACCUCAUGGAGGAUUACAUCGGGAAUUCCGUGGUGGUGAACAGAACCUCGCGGCGGAAGAGGUACGCGGAGCACAGGGGCCACCGGGGGGAAUACUCUGUUUGCGACAGCGAAAGUUUGUGGGUCACGGACAAAUCCUCCGCCAUCGACAUCAGGGGACACCAGGUGACUGUUCUGGGAGAAAUUAAGACAGGCAACUCCCCGGUUAAGCAAUAUUUUUAUGAAACGAGGUGUAAAGAGGCCAAGCCCGUGAAAAACGGCUGCCGUGGCAUUGACGACAAGCACUGGAACUCCCAAUGCAAGACAUCCCAAACUUAUGUCAGAGCACUGACUUCAGAAAACAACAAACUGGUGGGCUGGAGGUGGAUAAGGAUAGACACCUCCUGCGUGUGCGCCUUGUCCAGGAAAAUAGGAAGAACAUAGACCUGCAUCUCUUUGCUAUAUAAAUUAUUACUUUAAAUUAUAUGAUAUGCAUGUAGCAUAUAAAUGUUUAUAUUGUUUUAUAUAUAUUAUAAGUUGACCUUAUUUAUUAAAGUUCAGCAAAUCUACAGUAUAUAAGCUUUCUCUCUCAAUAAACAAGAGCAAAGGGUGUGUGCCUCUGCCGUGGCCAACUCCGGGGGUUUUUUAGACUAUGUUUGUGACACUGCUUGUUGGCAGCAUACCGUAACCUUCCUGUAAAAUCUGUAAAAUCAGUAUUUUUCAUUCAGUAUUGUCAAACCAGUGACUGUCAUUUAGUAAACUUGUUAAAAAUCAGAUCAAUGCCACGAGUUGUGUACAUAUUUAUCUUCCCUGCUCUAGACGUUCAUAUUUAAUUGGAUCUGCAGUGUUGACUCCUCAUCACCAAAAAAAAAAAAAAGGACCAAAAUAUGUGUUGUAGCCUGCAGAUGAUGUCAAAUUUUCAGCUAUCAGGUAGCCCUAAAAUAAAGUUUCUGUGUAUUAUGCCAGUUUCGCCAGUGAAAUUACCAUUUUCCCUCUGUUAGCAUUUCAGAAUGGCUGCUAGUAAUCCAGGAACAUCCAUUUUUGUUUUGAAAGCACAUUUGUUUUGCAACUGUUUCUAAUGCUGCCAGUGCAUCAUUGAAAAAAUAUGAAAAAAAUCCAAAGUAUUUGUUGCGGAAACUUGCUGAAGCCAAGAACUGAUCUAAAUGGAUCAUUAAUAUAAUACAUAAAAGAUGGUUUGUUGUGAUCAGCCUCUUCCUCCUCACACGAAUCAAUUAUCUUCUGCUUGCAUUGUUGGAUCACUACUCUCUGUCUGAGUUUUUAAAUUAGAAACAAAACUAGUGGUGUCUUAGCCUUAAAAGAGCCCUUGGCUUGCAAAUGGUAGUAAAGAAAGAUGUGAUAUCCUGGAGUGAAUAUCAAAGCCACACGCCUGUACAAAGGUUUCCUUCUCCUCAGCAAUCCAUUCUCCAUCUUUCACGGGGGGGAAAAUGUGUUGAAAUGCUCAAAAAACCUGGUACCUUUCACAGGAACGUGAAAUGGAUGGUGGCUAAAAUCCACGAAGUCUGUAGUUAUACUGAAAUUUCUGAAUUAAACAUAUGAGUUGUUGCUUAGGACAGACAAAUGUGCUAGCGUGUAUUUACCUCAGACUCUUUGGAUUGUCAUGUAGCUCCAGUGGGGACUGGAAUAAUGACAGUACUUGAAAAGAUGUCCCAUUACACAUUAGCUGUACAAUGCCCUGGAUGGGAUCCCACUCCCAGGAAGCAAACGAGAGUUCCUGGCUAGGAACAGAAUUCAGAUUGGGCUGCACGUAAUCUAUGUCCAGACAGAUCCAACCCACAGCCAGGGCUGGGAAAUACCAGCUAUUCAGAAAAUUGUACCUUUUUUUUCUGAGGGAUUUCACAGCUACAGCUUUUGCUGCUGUAGUGUGUUCAGCAUCACGAAUGGAAAUGAGAUCAGAGCCCUUAAACACGAGGUUGCAGGAUGCCUUUGCUCAUACAGCUUUCACUCCUGGAAAACCAGCUCCAAACAUGCAACAGGCCACGGCUGCAAGGCAGCAACCUGUGCGGUCUCCCCUAAUCCCUUACAGAGAGUGCUGCACACCACAACACCACCAGGGAGCUGGACAGGUCACCCUGAGGCCAAGCACUGGAGCAGCCCUGUCUUGGAAAGCCAGGUUGCAGCACAUGGGUAUUUUCUUCAGGGGAGGCCACAAGCAAAGCUUUUGAGAACCAUCUGAAUUUUCAGCAUGAGGCCGGGGUAUUUACCUCACAGGAAAUAUCAUCACCUUGCAGCACUAAAUCCUAACUUUGCUUCAAGCAAUAACAACUCUGGAGGUUCAAUACCAAGGCAGUCAUUAAAAUGAGAGGAUGUAAUAUAACAAGGAAUUCGGUAUCUGAUAGAUCUGAUUAGAAUAUUUCUCAUUUCUUGGCAAAAAUUUUAAAAAGAAAAGAAGGCAAACCCUACAGAACUUUUGCUACUUUUCCUAGUAGGAAAUUUUAAGUUUUAACAAACCUUUUUGGCUUGGGGGAAUAAGCAUAUUUUUCAGAGUUCUGCCCCACCAGAUUUUCUACAAAUGAAAGGCUUGAUUUUACACCCUGAGUUCCCAAAUAAACAUUGUUUGCAGAUGCUGGGAGCAACUGAGAGCUGAUAUAGUAAUGGAUCAUUAACUUUAGAGAUCUCUUUGUUUCACUGUGCCACAUAGGUCUAUCUCCAUGUGAGAAGAGGAGGUAAGAAGAACAAUUUAGCUUGUUGGAAUCCCAUUAAUCAGAAACUACCUUACUCCUGCAGUGUGGAUGCCACUUUUGUUUACAUCACUGUAAAUCCAGAGAAAAUCUGUUGAAGACAGGGAAGAAAAUGUAGCUUUAUAACAAAUGUAAACAACAUCAGAGUUGAUUCUAAUGCCUUUAUUUCUGCUCACUGAAAAAUCAAGAGAGGUUCAUUCUUCAAAGGCUCAAAGAAAGCCAUUUGUCAUUUUCCACUGUAAAUCCAGUCACAGGAACUGGUCUUUGACUCUUGACUUUAACAAGUAUUUUACAAGCAGCCAGCAAAAAUGUCUUGGAGUAAAUAUGCCUGUCAUCUGAAACACAUGAGAUGAGAACGGAGCGCGGUGUGUACGGUUAUUAGACCGGCUGCCUCGUUCCCACCCCGGGAAAACAAUGAGCGGAAGUGUUACCCCCUGGACCUGAUCCAGCUUCCACUAAAGUCAAUGGGAAAGAAAAAAAUAUAUAAUCUCACCUUCUCCAGUGGAAGCUGGAUCAGGCCCCAAGCGAAGAAAAACCUGCAGAUCUCGACCAGAGAGCAAGGCAAUCCCGCACAUCAGUAACGCGUUCCUGUAAAUCCUGUGUACGCAUAAGAUGCUGUAUAAUUUUGUAACGAGUUUGUAAACAAAGCCUGUAAUAAAUUUGUUAAGGUCUAAUUCUCUUUUCACUGUAGCCAGAGAUGGUUUUAUUGUCAACUUUGGUCAUGGCACAAUGAAUUCAAAAUUCCUUUCCAACUCUGUUUUUGUUUGUGUUAAGUAAUUAAACAAAAUAUUCAGCUCUCAACGCCAGUUUAAUUUAAGCUUUCAAAAAAUCACUUCAUUAGGCAUUAGGCAUCUCAGAUGCUCUGUCAAUAUUGCUUUUGAUCAAUAGAUCAUUAUAAACACACAUUUUAUUUAGAUUUUCUCCCAAAUGACCAAAUGCUAUUCUGACAUUGCCUGUCUAUGUCAAACUGUAUUUUCUCCUCUUUUUCCCCCUAGUUUUUUUCCAGUCCAUUUAGUAACAGCAAAAAAUGCUCCACUGAGGUUUUGGAAAACCAUCUGCAUUUAUUUUAUCACCUUUGAACAUGUGUUCAGGAAUGAAGUCUGUGCAGAGAGUUUACUGCUACCAAGAGAUUUGUGCGGCUGCACCAGGAAGAAACUUUGACUGGACUUUGCAGAGUGUGUGCUCAAAACCACUCUGCUCGUACUCUGUUAUUUCAAUUCUUUAGCAACCCAAG